ACCAUGAAUUUCAUUUUUGUAAUCGUUUUAAGUAUUAACUUUUUUUCUGGCUUAAGUUUAGCUCAAUUAGGUCCUUUUGACUGUAAAAUUAGUGGCCCUGUGGCAAAUUUAUACAAAGGAACAGAUACUGAAACAACAUUAGUGACAAAUGAUACAAAAUUUGAUAAAACCAAACCGACAUUCUUCAUAAUACAUGGUUGGAUUGAAGAUUCUACAAAAGAAGAGUAUCCUGAGAUGACAAGGGAUUUGUAUUUGGAAACACAAGGAAAUAUUAUCCUAGUGGAUUAUAGAGAACUCUCUCAUGAAUUUUAUACGUGUGCAUGGAUUAUGGUAAUUGAUGUUGGAGAAUACCUAACUCAAUUCGUUCUUGAACGCAUUCAAAAUGGCGAUAUGCAUCAAAAUAACAUUCAUAUAAUUGGUCAUUCUUUAGGUGCAGAAAUCGGUGGAUACGUCGGUAGAAAAGUGAAAGACAAAACAAAUAUUAAAAUAAAACGUAUCAGUGCAUUGGAUACAGCAGGACCAAUGUUCUCCUUUCUGGUACUACCUUUGCCAUUCAUAAGUCUUACGGCUAGGGACGCUGAGGUGGUUGAUGCUAUUCAUACGUCUAUGUUUAUGGGUACUUUAAGAAGAGUUGGAAAAGUUGACUUUUUUGUUAGAGGCAUAUUUGGUUUGCCGACUCUUUCAGCGCCUUGUGGAAUAUUUUCUCUGAUAUGCAAUCAUUCAUUAAGUAAAUUUUUAUUUAGAGAAUCAAUUCGUUCAUGUGGAAUUAUAGCAAGUAACUGGAUUUAUUGGAGUGAUAAAAUUGUGUAUGGAUUUCAUAUGCCAUUGAAUGCUAGUGGAAUAUAUAAUUUUUCUCCUAAUGCUAAACCACCUUAUGGAACAGGAAACAUAACCUGUGCAAACUAAUUAGGUUAAGUUAGGCUAGGUCUACCAAAAAUAUGCGGACUGAAAAUGCAAAAGAAAAUACAUUUUUAUUACUACUUUAUCCAGGUACGGUGCGCUGAAUAAGAGUCACCUGCAUUCACCCCCAUAUGGUGCCCUGUGUGUUAAGUACAACAUUUUUUUGUUUGUUCUCAGAAUACAAGUAUAACACUAAUUAAAAUUCAUG